UAGAGAGCUGAGUUUGUCACUUGCAGGCAACCCAAAAUCUCAAUUGUCAACCUGCGCACUGCGCACUCCUUCUCCUUCCCCGCGCAUUUUAGCAUCCGAACUUCUUCUUCUGACACUUGCGCCCUUUCUCUGCGAACUCUUCUUCUGUGCCAGCGAGGGGAGAGAGGGAAAUUGAAUUAUGGAUAAAACCUUUCUCUCUCCUUCAUCGAAGCGCUCCGUACCUGCUCUACCCGACUCGAACUCGUUUCCGCCAAACGGAUCCUCCAAGCGCGCCAGGUCUUCGUCUAAGACUCAGCCACCGCCGCUCUCCGUGCCUCAGGGCCACGUCGCAUUUCGCCUCCUCUGCCAGGCCUCCCGAAUCGGCGGCGUCAUCGGAAAGUCCGGUUCCGUCAUCAAGAGCCUCCAGCAGUCCACUGGCACCAAGAUCCGCAUCGAGGACGCGCCGGCGGAGGUGCAGGACAGGCUCAUAGUGGUCGUCGGCGAGGGGACAAUUUCCGGGAGGGUUUCUCUAAGCGGCGGCGAGGCCGUCGAGGUUUCAAAGGCACAGGAAGCGCUCUUGAAGGUGUUUGAUAGGAUUCUAGAGGUUGCGGCGGAGACUGAGGGGAUUGAGGUUGGGGAUAGGGUUGUUUGCAGCCGGCUGGUGGCUGACGCGGCGCAGGUUGGUUCGGUGAUUGGGAAGGGCGGGAAGAUUGUGGAUAAGAUCAGGAAGGACACUGGGUGUAGAAUAAGGGCUUUCACCGACAAUUCGGCACCUUCCACUUCCUCUUCCGACGAAGUGAUUGAGAUAGAAGGCAAUGUGUCAUCCGUUAAGAAGGCACUUCUUGCGGUUUCUCGCCGUCUUCAAGAUUUUCCUCCUCCUGAUAGAACAAAGAUGAUGGGAAGCAAACCAUAUGAAGUGGUUCAGGAUGAAACUUUGGUUUCAGUUCCGCAUCAUGAGACUUUAGCCGCAGUUCAACGUGAGAGUUUUACCGCAGUUCCGCAUGAGACUUUCACCACAGCUCCUCGUGAGACUUUAAAUGAUCUUCAUGUGGACCGUCUUCUGCAGAGAAGCUCUUUGCUUUCUUCUUUCUCCAGCAGCUCUAACAGCUAUGCCACUGGAAUUCAUUCAUUAUCAGUUGAAGAUAAUAUAGGGUCAUCCUUGGAGCCAAAGGCGGUUCAGCUGGAAGUCUGCUUUAGAAUUCUUUGUUCAAAUGAUCGGGUUGGCGGUGUUAUUGGAAAAGGUGGUGCUAUUGUGAAAGCUCUUCAAAAUGAGACAGGGGCAACUAUAAGUAUCGGUCCUUUGGUAGGCGAGUGUGAGGAUCGAGUAAUUACUGUCACUGCUUCAGAGAAUUCUGAGUCAAAAUAUUCCCCAGCACAGAAGGCUGUUGUGCUUGUUUACUCAAGGUCCAUUGAAGCUGGUAUUGAGAAGGGGCUAGACUCUGGAUUCAAGGGGUCAUCUGUUACUGCACGACUUUUGGUUCCAUCGAACCAAGUUGGUUGUUUGUUGGGAAAAGGCGGUGUAAUUGUUUCAGAAAUGCGGAAGGCAACGGGGGCUUCCAUUAGAAUGAUUGGUUCUGAUCAGGCUCCAAAAUGUUCAUCAGAUAAUGAUCAAGUCGUACAGAUAUCAGGAGAGUUUUCAAGUGUGCAAGAUGCGUUGUACAAUGCAACUGGUAGACUGAGAGAUAAUCUUAUUAUCAGUUCACAGAACAGUGCUGGAACAAGGAGUCAAAACUCUGUGCGAGCGGACUCCAGUCUUUCCUCUGCAAGAGCUGACACCAGCCUAUCCUCUGCACGAGCUGAUACCAGUCCCUAUGGGCGAUUAAGAGAUACGGUUCCUCUUAGUGGCCAACCAGCUUUUGGCGUUUCUCCUUGUUUGACUAGACAUACAUUGUCUCAAAGUAUUGAUCAUCAUGCUCUUGCACUUAAUUUGGAUCAUAGUCUGGGUAGACAUUCUUUGUCACAAAGCUUUGAUCAUCAUGCUCUUCCAUAUAAUUUAGAUCAUAGUAUGGGUAGACAUGUGUCACAAAGCCUCGAUCGGCAUGCUCUUGUGCAGAAUUUAGAUCAUAGUCUGAGUAGACAUAGUUUGUCACAAAGCCUUGAUGAUCAUGCUUUUGCACAAAAUUUAGAUCAUAGUCUGGGUAGACAUAAUUUGUCACAAAGCAUUGAUCAUCAUGCUCUAGCACAGAAUUUAGAUUAUAGUCUAGGUAGGCAUGGUUUGUCGCAAGGCAAUGAUCAUCAUGCUCUUUCGUGGAAUGUAGACCAUCCUUCUUCCCCAGGGUUAUGGGCACCAUCGACAGUGGCUGGCAUAAAUUCAAGGGGAAUUAAUGAUCUUAGUUGGGGAAUGACAUCUCGAAAAGGAGGCUUGGAACUUGUCAGUGGAAGUAAAUCUGCUAUUGUGACUAGUACAACUGUGGAAAUUGUGGUUCCUGAUGAUACUAUUGACUCUGUUUAUGGGGAAAAUGGUAGCAAUUUGGCUCGUCUAAGACAGAUUUCUGGCGCUAAGGUUGUCAUACAUGAACCUCGUCCUGGAACAAGUGACAGGACUAUUGUAAUAUCCGGUACUCCUGAUGAAACCCAAGCGGCACAGAGCCUUCUCCAAGCAUUCAUUCUCAGUGGAUCAUCAUGACAAUAUCCUCUCACUCAUGUCCCAAUGUUCUCCUCGUAGAUACUUUUUUUAGUAGUUUUAAUUCCUUUCUUUUUCUUUUUUAAAGAAAAUAUAUUUUGUAUUUUAACUUACAGUUUUCCCCUAACCUGAAAUCAUGUAAUAUGCCGGUUUCCUGGCAUUGUAUCAUUCAUUCCUUAUCAUUCUCAUCCUUGCUGAAUUAAUUCAGCCUAGGCUGUCUAUUGAACUGUCAGUGUAGUUAUUUUUCGUCAAUUACUUGAUUCUUUCUUUGGUGCGUACCUUAGUAACAGCGAGGUUUUUUGAAUUCAGUUUGGUCUGCCUUACACCAUUUCCGGACUCAAUUAUUGAUCUAUAUUUUUGGCCACUACUAUUGAAACUAUGUUUCUCCAAUUCACUCUAUGCAAUGAACGUUUCUUAUUUUCCAGGGAA